AUGAAUCAGGCUCACCUUCUAACUACUGGAUCCCCUUUGGAACUAAGCAGGCAGAGUGAAGACAUGAGGAUUUUGAACCGCUCCAAAAGAGGCUGGGUUUGGAAUCAAAUGUUUGUCCUGGAAGAAUUUUCUGGACCUGAACCGAUUCUCGUUGGCCGGGCUCUUCCACAGUUUGUCGUCACACUUAACUGUAAAUCCUUUAAACCAGAUGAUAACUCCCUGAGCAUUCUGGCAAAACAUAAUGGAUUCAACCGCCAGAAGCAAGAAGUCUACCUUCUGCCUAUAGUCAUCAGUGACAGCGGGAACCCUCCUCUGAGUAGCACCAGUACCCUGACCAUCCGAGUCUGUGGCUGUAGCAAUGAUGGCGUGGUCCAGUCAUGCAAUGUUGAAGCUUAUGUCCUUCCUAUUGGACUCAGUAUGGGCGCCUUAAUUGCUAUAUUAGCAUGCAUCAUUUUGCUGCUCGUCAUUGUGGUUCUGUUUGUUACCCUGAGGCGGCAUAAAAACGAACCACUAAUUAUCAAAGAUGAUGAAGACGUUCGAGAAAACAUCAUUCGCUAUGACGACGAAGGAGGAGGGGAGGAGGACACAGAGGCUUUUGACAUUGCAACUUUGCAAAACCCAGAUGGAAUUAAUGGAUUUUUACCCCGUAAGGAUAUUAAACCAGAUUUGCAGUUUAUGCCAAGGCAAGGGCUUGCUCCAGUUCCAAAUGGUGUUGAUGUCGAUGAAUUUAUAAAUGUAAGGCUGCAUGAGGCAGAUAAUGACCCCACAGCCCCACCAUAUGACUCCAUACAGAUUUAUGGCUAUGAAGGCCGAGGGUCUGUGGCUGGCUCCCUCAGCUCCUUGGAGUCCACCACAUCAGACUCAGACCAGAAUUUUGACUACCUCAGUGACUGGGGUCCCCGCUUUAAGAGACUGGGCGAACUCUACUCUGUUGGUGAAAGUGACAAAGAAACUUGA